AUGGCUUAUACCCAGCGUGUUGAACAGGUGCAGCAGUGGGAGCCACCAACGGGUUACUCUUACAAAAUAAAUGUCGACGCGGCGGUUUUCGCAGAGAUAAAUGCUUCAGGUUUUGGAGUGGUGGUGCGCAAUGAGAGGGCUGAAGUCAUGGCAUCCCUAGCAGCCAAAGGUCCACCGGUACAGGAUAGUGAAGAAGCGAAACUGCUUGCCUGUCGUAAAGCAUUGGAGUUUGCUGUCGACGCUGGCUUCAUGGACGUGGUGCUGGAAGGAGACAGCUUGAACGUGAUGCGGGCUAUCUCAACUGGGAAAGCCAAUAGAUCACGUUUGGGUCACAUCUAUGAGGACAUCCAGUGCCUUGCAGCAGGUUUUCGAAGCUAUUCUGUUAGUUUUGUUAAACGCAGUGCAAACGGUGUAGCACACGCACUUGCUUGUUUUGCUAAGAAUGUAGGGGAUGAAUUAGUGUGGCUGGAGGAAUCCCCACCACCAGCAUUUGAGCCCUGUAUUUUGACUAUCAUCGUUUUUAAUUAA